GAGCGUUGCCAUUCCAAGAAACGCACGAGUGACAUUCACAAGGGGGUUUUGUGUUGAGAGUGACAGAGAGACAACGAAGAGAGUGAGUGACACAGAGACACACACAGAGUGUUUGUGUUAAGCCAUGGGAGCUCUUGCUUCAUUCGUCCCUUGGACUCCCGAGGACGAUCUUUUGCUCAAGAACGCCGUUGAGGCCGGUGCUUCCUUAGAGUCACUUGCGAAAGGUGCAGUGCAGUUUUCUCGAAAAUUUAAUUUUAGAGAAAUACAAGAUCGAUGGUAUUCUCUCCUCUAUGAUCCUAUCAUUUCUGCACAAGCCUCUGGAUAUAUGACAAACUUUGAGCUUUCUGCUUUGCCUCACUCAUCAAGGAUCGUCAAGUUUGGACAUUCAAAAGAUCGUAAAAUUGAUGGUGUUAAGAGGAAAGCUGAAAGUGUUCGCACUUGUUAUUAUGCUAUGCGUAAAAGAUUCCGCAAUGAAGCUUUUGCUUCCUUGGACUUAAGUUUUCUCGCUGAUCAACAAAUUGGCAAUUAUGCAGUGAAUGGAAGUGGAAGCGAGCCUUUACCUGAAAACUGUAUGACCGAAGGUGCAAACUCGAUUCAUUUUUCAAAUCUUGAUCCUGCACACUAUGCUUUUCCUGAAAAUGUAAUGGAUGGCUGUGUUGCAACUAAUGGAGUUACUGCUCAUCCCUUUUACGCUGGAGUUGAGGAUCCAAUCGAAGAGAAUUUCCCCAUGGAGCAAAAAAUUAUACUUAAGGAAGAAUCUCAAAUUCUUGGAAAUAAUGUGUCUUUGAAUGGAGCCGUUGAGGAUGUUCUAAAAGAAUUGGCUACAGAUAGCUUGAAUGGAGACGAUAGUUUAGAUAGAAUGCCUUUGUCUGCAUUUAAUCAUAUCAACAAUGACCCUGGAAAUUUGUGUUCUGUGUUUGAUGGAAAUCAUGUAUUUGAUUCACCCAAGUUAGAGUGCGGAACAUCAUUUAACACCUUACAGUUAUCUCCACUUCCUGAAAUGCCAAUCUGGAGAACAGAUGAGAGCAUUCAAGAACCCGAUAUGCCAUGUGAUGGUUUUGAAGACUCCAUUGCUUGCGGGGAUGCUUAUCUGGCAGAACUGUCCAAUUCUCUCUUGAACUUCAGUGAUGAGGAAGAACUCUAUCUGAUGGACCUUGAUGGAAAAGAUGGGAUUGACAAGUCUUUUUAUGAUGGUCUGAGUUCACUUUUACUGAAUUCUCCAAAUGGUGUUAGUCCAGAUCAGAUACCUGAACAGGCUGAAACCGGGUCGUUAGUCACCUCACAGGCACAUGUUACAAAUCAGUCAGUUUCAUGUCAUGCAGAAGUAGAUGACAAUCCAGGGUUGCACUCUAGUGGUGUACAAGUUGUUCACAAAAUACAUUUCCAAAUGCCAUCUUCUGUCUCAGCUAAAGACCCUCUAUUUCCUGAACUAAUUAAUGGAGUUAUUUGCUGUACAUUAAACACUGAGGACCCAGAAGUUCCAUCCAAUGAUGAUGUUUUCCUACCCUUUGAUGUGCCUCCUUCAACAUUUUCCUUUUUUAACCAUAGAGCUAGUGAAAGAGAUAAAUUGUUGAUGCAUGUAGAACAGAAAAGCCCCGUAGAAUCUCAUGCAUCUUCUCAGAUGAUGGGAUCUCCUUGCUUCCCGGGACCUGUGGAUGAUUUUAAGGUAAAAUGUGAGUUUACCAAUAGUCAUGCAUCACACAGAGUGUCUAGUAGUGGUGGCUUUGGUGAAAAUAAUUCAGUAAACACAACCAAUGCUCUUAUGCAUGCAAAUCCCAAGGAAGAGGCUAGCAAUGUUGGCUCGGUAAAGCAUCUAAGCAAUCAUGUGACAAAUUCUUUCAUCAAGAAACCAGCCCUCGGUUCUAAUGAUUUCAGAAAUCAUCCUCAAACUAAUGGCUUUAACAUAAAACUGGAACAAGAUGUAGCCUUGCCACUUCAAGAUCAUCAGUUGCAACAUGCUGAAGCGGGAUCCUCUGAUGUUCUUGAGUCAGAGCUGGUGGAUGAGGAAGUGCAAUAUAUAGAGAGUGAUGAUGAUGUUCCUUAUUAUUCUGACAUAGAGGCAAUGGUACUUGAGAUGGACUUGGAUCCUGAUGAUCAGGUUUUGGAUUAUAAUGAGGAAGUAUCAAGGGAUGAACACGAGCAAACUGCACGAGGUAUCCCAAGAUUGGAACAGGGUGCUCAUUCUUGUAUGCGGAGAGGCAUUGCUUCACACGGAGCAUUUGCCGUUUUAUAUGAUCGCCACUCAAGGCAUUAUAUUAAGAAACCUGAGGUUUUACUUGGACGGGCAACAGAAGGUGUUUCCGUAGAUAUUGACUUGGGAAGAGGAGGAAUAUCCCGACGUCAGGCAAUUAUAAAGAUGGAUAAAGAUGGAUCUUUCUACAUUAAAAACUUCGGCAAGAGUUCAAUCCUGGUAAAUAACAAUGUAGUGCACACUGGUCAAUGUCAAAGACUACAUUGCAAUUGUCUGAUUGAGUUGAGGGGCAUGCCAUUCAUAUUUGAGAUAAGUCAAAGUCGUGUGGAACAGUACCUGGAUCAUAUUACUGACAACUCGCAGACCUUUUAAUGUCAAUUGUAAAUGAUAGCAAGAGGCCCACUAACACAGAAGGUGCUUAUUUUUACUGCACUUUUCUGAUUUUUGGUAAGGAGUGACUGCUGUUGUAUGUCAGCCUUUAGUGGUGGACUUGUGUUUCCCUGGAAUGGACUUCUUGCCCACGAAAGUAGAUAAUUCUUCAACCCAAAAUUUUUGUAAUAUGGCUAACUAUCCCAACCUUGAAAAUCUUGUUGUCAAGCCAUUGACGAAUCUGAAUCUCAUU